AGGGCAGCCUCGGGGCGGGUCCGGCGUCCAGCGACCGCCAAAGGCUGGCACUCGGGAAGCUGUGCCAGCCCCGGUCAGCCGCGCGAUGCAGCCUCAGCCGCCCCUGCACAGCGGGUACUUCCACCCGGUGCUUCGCUCGUGGCAGGCGACGGCCGCCGCCCUCACCGCCCGGCAUCUCGUCUACCCGAUCUUCGUCUCGGACAGCCCGGAUGCCGUGGAGCAGAUCGCCAGCCUGCCCGGCCAAGCUCGGCACGGGGUCAACAAGCUGGAGGAGCUGCUGGGUCCCCUGGUGGCUGAUGGGCUGACGUGUGUGCUGAUCUUUGGCGUCCCAAGCCGGGCCAUGAAGGAUGAGCGCGGCUCUGCAGCCGAUGCCAAAGACACCCCUGUCAUCCAGGCCAUACAGACGAUCCGCUCUUUGUUCCCUGAGCUGCUGGUUGCGUGUGAUGUCUGCUUGUGCCCUUAUACUUCACAUGGGCACUGCGGUCUCCUUCGGCAGGACGGCACCCUUCAGAAUGAGGCCAGCUGCCGGAGACUUGCUGAGGUGGCCCUGGCCUACGCCAAGGCAGGUUGCCACAUUGUGGCCCCCUCGGAUAUGAUGGACGGGCGCAUCCAUGCAAUCAAGGAAGCCUUGGUUGCCAAUGACCUGGGCAAUAAGGUUUCAGUCUUGAGCUACAGUGCCAAAUUUGCUUCCUGCUUCUAUGGCCCUUUCAGAGACGCGGCCUUAUCCAAGCCCGCCUUUGGGGACCGGCGGUGUUACCAGCUUCCUCCAGGAUCUCGAGGAUUGGCUCUGCGGGCAGUGGACCGGGAUGUGCAGGAGGGGGCAGACAUGCUGAUGGUAAAGCCUGGGAUGCCCUACCUUGACCUCGUGCGGGAAGUGAAGGACAAACAUCCCAGCCACCCCCUGGCCGUCUACCAUGUCUCGGGAGAAUUUGCCAUGCUGUGGCAUGGGGCGCAGGCCGGGGCCUUUGACCUGAAGGCGGCAGUGAUGGAGGCCAUGGCCGGGUUCAGGCGAGCAGGAGCCGAUGUCAUCAUCACCUACUACGUGCCUCAACUUCUGCGGUGGUUGAAAGAAGGGCAGGCGUGAAGGGGGUCCCUGGCCUGGCUGCCAGGAGGGAAACAGGAAACAUGCUGGAAAGUACUGGGCGGCCGAAGGCGGGAAAGUUUUUUUUUUCUUUUACAGCUUUUGGAAGAUCUUGCUUCAAACUUGGCGUUUUAUAAAGUAAAUCAAUUCGGUUGCUCCAA